UUUGUGUGAAAAUUAUGUUUUUUCCCAGGCAGUUUUGUGACAGUCGACUGGAUCGGAACAGUGGAGCGAUUUGUGUAUUUAGCAAAGCAACACUCACAAUGGAUUGGAGACGUAGCUGGAGACAAUGUGCAACCUUAACUAGGAUCUGAAACCUGCAUACACAAGUGGGAGGAACACCAACGAAGUAUAUUAAUUGACUCUCCUAAUGAUGACCUUCAGCUGGAUAUACUAUAGAUGUAGCCGCUUGUGUUUGGACGCAGUCAGCCAAAAAUAAUUGGAGCAUCACCAUGGGGACUGGUGCGUCUAAAACCUCCGCAUCCCUAACACCGAGCCAGAAACCACGGAGUAAUAGUCAUAAUUACCGGACCAAGUCGCAUUCACCAACAAAAGGAAAGGGGAGUUCAUCAGCUGAUGUUGUCCGAGUCGGUCUGACCAAGCUGGGUUUCUCUCCCGGAGAUGUCACUCUCACUGAGGGACAGACGGUGGAGAUUAAUUGGAAUGUCGCUUCAGGCACGAUCGCUCAUAACAUCAGGCAGGUGGUGUUUGAUGGCCAAACGGUGUACCCCGUCCAAGGUGGCUACAACAGUGGCUCACCAACCUCUGCUGGAACGUUCACCAUUAACUUCAGUUUACAAGGAGAAUUCAAAUUCAUCAGUGAUGGGUAUGAAGCCAACAGUAACAAGGUUCUGGUUGUUACAGUCAAGUCAAGAUCUGUCAUCACAGCAGAGCUUACAGACGAUCAAUUCCGGCCGAGUGUUCUUCACAUCCAUGAAGGUAACAGUGUCAAAUGGACGUGGAAUUCCUGCCAGAGACCUCAUGUCAUUAAUGAAAUCAAGCUGUGCCCUAAACAUUAUGGAAUCGUCAAGACCACUGGAGGAACAUCUGUUCCAAUGCAGUCUGGAUCAUACAAGCAUGAAUUCCUGAAUCCUGGUUUAUUUUAUUUCCAGUCUGAAGGAUCUGAGAACGGAGCGAUGCAACUAUGCAUCGUUCAUGUCAAAGCAACACAGAGGCACCAUUACAUUGAAGUGACUGAUAGGAGAUUCAACCCUAGGCUGAUUACAAUCACUCAGGGAGACAGGGUGUGGUGGCUGUGGGAUAGGUUUAAGUGUAAGAAGAAACACCGUAUACUACAAGUGGACAUUCCUACUGGUCAAGGUGUUCCUGACCCGUUCCCAAGACCAGUCAAAGGGGGAUUCUGCAGUGAUGCUCCUAGCCGAGCUGGUAUGCUGUCUCAUAUAUUCCACGAUGCUGGCGUGUAUUACUACUGUGAUAAUAACUACGAAGAUAACCGAGAAUAUCUGGGUGUCGUGAUUGUCAAACCGAGAGCUAAAGAACAUCAUAUUGAAGUGACUGCUGAAGGAUUCUACCCAGAUCUGAGUGUAAUCUGCAGUGGCGAUAGGAUCUGGUGGUCGUGGGAUGUUGAUAGAAUACAAGAAAGCUUCUCUGUCAUGCAGGUUGAUAGCUGUGUUGCCAGUGACAACAAAAUACUUCCGGAAGUGGAUUGUAAUAAUUUUUGUAAAUACUUAACCAAAGAGGCUGCUGCUAUGGUAACCAACAUCGGCAUGGCAACAAUUCAGCUGAACACACCUGGUGUGUACCACUACCGCGUAUCGGACACCGCCAACAAUGUCGGAUGCUGCUCUGUCAUUGUUAACCCUGGACAAAAGGAUCAUUGUAUUGCAGUUAGCGACAUGGGAUUUGAACCUAAAGUGUUGACGAUACAUCCUGGGGAUAGAGUAUGGUGGAUCUGGGAGGACACUAAACUGCAGCAUAAUAUCAUACAGGUAUCUCAUCAGGGUCACCCAAUCAAGGAUGGAUUCUGCAGUGGUUUCCCUCAAGACAGUCCCGCUGCCUUCGUCAGUCAACUCAGCGCAGGAGCUGUCGUCUACUUCCAAAGUGCUGGUUUGCCAAAGAUGUACGGUGCCGUUGUGAUGGUUGAACAAGCUCAGGUCCACCAAGUCCUCGUAUCUAAGAACCACUUACAACCAGAUCCAGUUCUUGCCCAGACGGACGAUUGCGUCGCUUGGGUCUGGCCGGUGCUGCGAAAGCACGGCUUGACCCAGCUGACCAACACCCAGCAAGUCUUUGAGUUACAGACGUACACUCAGGACAUAGUGACUCCCAGGAGAUGCUGUGCGUUAAGAUUCUCUAACCCUGGGGUGUAUCAUUACUACAGCAAAGCGUUCUCAAACAAGACGGACAAAUUCAUGUAUGAGCAUAGCAGUAAGACAGUGUUAAGCAGUGUAGUAGUAAGCAACCCCAGUGGACCCAUCACUGUCAUGGUAUCAAGUAAAGGCUUCAAACCUCCUACAGUCAACAUUCAAAGGGGUCAGUCGGUGCUAUGGUCUUGGAAAGGAAGUCAGUCGGAGACUCACAACAUUGUCCACGCCAACCCACCAACCCAUGAACGUCCUUACAGUCCUGUGCAGGGUCCCCUAGGCUUCAGUAGCGGGAACCCGGAACCCAAUAAUAGCUACAUGUUUACCUUUGAAGAACCUGGGACGUUCUAUGAGACGUCUGAGGGAGCACCAGGUUGCGUUGGAGUUAUACAUGUGCUCGAUGAUGAAUCACUGACAUCCGUUCCGGCCAUCACAUCUAGCAGUAAUGGAGGCGUUGUUGAACGCGCACACACUGUGGAGUUGCAAUCAUUAUCACAGACAGUCACUAUUCUCUACACAUUAGAUGGCUCUAUACCGGAACUUCAUGGCCAAGCAACAAGGGUUUAUAAACCAGACAGAAGAAUUAUUUUAAGACGUCCAGGUCUUCUGAUUAUCAGAGCGAUUGGUAUCAGCGCUGGAGCCUUACCUAGUAAAGUCUUCACAUCAAAACGUUUCUGGGUUCUGGAAGGAAAUGUUGGCCAUAGCUCAGAGGAAGACGAUUCUGUUUCCAUAGCAACUGAAGACUUUGAGGCGGAACUGCAAAACAGUGGUCCUGGACCUACCAUAAAGUGGCAAUGGUGGAACUGUGUACCCUCCAUCAGUGGCUGGUUGCAUACAGCAUGCGAUAGCUCUAUUGAGAUCUAUUGGGAUCUGCCUAGUAUUCCUUACAGAGGACAACUUAAAUCUUAUCAGCUGAUUGUGAAUGGUAUAUGCUACCACAAUGACCUACCGCCAACGUGUAACAGUAUCACAGUAGAAGGACUGCUUGGGAACCAGACCUACACUGUAUCUAUCAUUGUACAACCAAAGGAUUCUUCAUUGCUGCCACAGGAAUCAAAUAGACUGAAGGUGACCUGUCCAGGAAUGUAUGAACUUGGUGGUCCAAUCUUAUCAUGUGAAAUCACUGAGCAGGAAGAUGAGAUUAAUCUUGUCUGGACAUCAAUGGAUGAAGUGUUGACUGAUAAAGCUCAGUAUGUAGUCUACAUUGACGGCAGGGAGAAUGAUGGCCAGGUAAAGACUGUUGGUCAGUACAAGAAAUGCAGAGUGAUUCUUCCUCAUAGGGAGGUACUCCAAGCUCCACUCAUAGUCUUUGUCUUGGCUCUAACAGAAGGAAACUCAAAAGAAUCUGAUGGGUGCCUGUCAAAUGAGCUACAGCUAGCGUUACCACUGAACCUAGACAACAUGUACGUACCCAACGGCGGGAAUCUCAUUGGUAAACUCUACCUCAUCAUCAAGGAAGGAUCCGGAAAACCUCCAGAUCCUAAAGUAGAAUUACUGCCAUCUGUAGCACCUCAGGAGAGUUUUGAUGGUUCAGCUUCAACCUUGACUGCUCCAGGGACUGCCCUGACUGAAGAUCAACAUGAUCCCAUCAUCAAAAGAUCAUUAGAAUGUGAAGAAACAUUCAACAAUACUGGGGAGGAGGCCCUCAGCAAGCCUUCAUCCACAGCCCAGAAUGACACCCCAACAUACUCAAAGUCAGACAGUGUAAGCAUUGAGAAUAGCCCCACUGCUCCCAAGCAUGAUGAACCUGAAAGGCAUAUUGGUAACAACAGUAUUGAAACCGAAAUACCGAGUACCAGGGAAGAGGGUAGCCCCACUGGUUCCCAGCAUGAACCUCAGAGACACACUAAUAAUAGCACUAUAGAACCCGACGUACCGAUUACCAGGGAAGAAGAUCUGGGAUCAAGUACAAAACCCCAAACCCCAGAUGAAAACACCCCUGAGCAACUAGAAAAGUGCAACCCAGACCCUGAUGCCUUAAAGGUUCCCUCUUGCGCCCAAUCAUCUCAAGAUGAAGACCUAGAAGUACCCAUUGAUAAGAACAAUACCCUAGUUAACAAAGGCACAAAUCAUGAUACCCAAAGAGAGGUCUCUGAAAACACCGUUAUUCAAGCCCACUUUCAGUUGAAUGACAAAAAGUCACAAGAUGAGCAAGAGUUUUUGAGAAAUCAAAACACAGACACAGCAGUCAUGGACACUGAAACGGGUGCAGAGUUUGGAGGCCCAGUCCUUUCAGAAAAAACCCUAAAUGUCACCGAGAAAGAGGGUUCUGAUGUUGCGGACACAACCUUUGGAAGUCCCCCAUCUACCCCUUCCGAAGAACCAAACCGUAACGAAAUUGUGGACACACCCCUUAGUAGACCCCCCUCCUCCACCCCUUCUGAAGAUCCAAACGAUAGUGAUGUUGGGGACACACCCUUUGGGCUACCCCCUGGUAACCAUUCUGAAGAUCCAAAUGGUAUAGACUUGCCCGGGGGGAGUCCACUCUCUACCCAUUCUCAAGAUCCAAACUGCCCAGACACACCCCAGGGAGGUUUCCCCUGUACCCCUUCCGAAGGUCCACGCCAUAGUGAUGUAGUAGUGCAUGAUAGGACCACAGCUGGAGACUCAAUGUUGCAUGGCAAUGUAUCCGUUUGUGAACCAAGUAAUGUGUUGUCAGUCAAUGAGAAUGUUGCACCCGAUGUCACGCAUAAUGUUAACGAAGACGGUAAACCUGACGUUUAUGAAAAGAACAAACCUGAUGUACAUGCCGUCGAUGUAGACCUAGACGGUGGCUCUGAUCAUCAAGCAUCUGCUGAUGAGCAAACAAUGCAUGAACGAGACAAGGAACCAGACCAUAUACAGACGGGUUGUACCGACUCACUGCAUGCUGGUGGUGGUGGUGGGGCAGAACCAGGUUCAGAUGAUGGACAAGGUGAAAGUGACUGUGACAGGGAACCAGUGAAUUCACAGCAGGAGAAGAUCUCACUGCCUAAGCCUGUAGUGAGUGUCCGCAGCCAGGCUAUAAACACUGAACUACAUAUCCGCUGGCAGAUUGCAUCAAGUCAUCUUACUCCCUAUGUUCUACAUCAUUAUAAUGUGUGUGUAGUGGGGAGGCAGUUUGAUACCAGUAUCAGCAGUCAUUCUAGGCAAGAGAUGACUACAGACUCGGGGGAGACUGAGAUACACCAUAGCUGGAAUGCAGGUAGAGGACAUGUCUUUGUACUCACUGGACUCUCAGAAAACUCCACUUACAGCAUAACCGUACAUGCCACGUACCACCACAAAAAUGCAGCUCAUCAGGGUCACAUGAAGGCAAGCUCCAAACCGGUCAUAUGCACAACAGGUGGCCAGCCACAAGCCCCGAAACUCCUCGCUAAAUCUGUCGGUCUACAAGAAGUCACACUGUCCUGGACACCAGGUGUCUGUCAUGAGGACAUUGACGUCAUGGGGUAUCAGAUGAUACGGAACGGCAAGCCACUGUCGGAGAUUAUCCCGUAUGGAAAGACGGAGAAGUUGAUUAAGAAUCUACAACCUGGUACCAAGCAAUACUUUGGCCUUUCUAUGGUAACGACCAACGCUGGACAGACUAAAGCAUCCAAUCUGAUCACGGUGACAUGUCCAGACUUACCGGACCCUCCGGUCAUCAGACAGGAACGCUCCAUGGAAGAGAGAUCGGCAGUCAUUGUCUGGCCGAGACAAAAGCAUAAACAUAUCUCUUUAUACUUUGUUUACAUGGAUGGCAAAUUCCAAGGUGAAAUAAAAGCCAGGAGUUCCAAGAAGCAACCCAAUCACAGAUAUAUACUGCAUAACCUGAGAGAUAAUGGAAGACAAUACAACGUCUCAGUCAAAGCCUAUGCUGGAUGGAUGGCAGUCAAGAAAGAUCAUCCUAAUGAGGUGACAUGUGGUGUGAUGAGUGAAGCCUCCAACCUCCUCACUGUGACAUAUUCCUCUGCUCCUCUACCCUCAACACUGAACCUCAACCUUGAGUGUGUUCAUGCUGAGGGUGCUGAUGUUGCUUGGGUUGUACCAGACCUCAAUGAAGCCUCACUGAUAAGGGGGUUCAUCAUCCUGAAGGAUGGCCAACCUCACCUCAGUAACAUUCUACCUCCAACUAUGGCUCGUACUACCCUGUCAGGCUUGAAGCCUGGUAGCAGUGUAACCGUCCAAGUACUUGCAGUAACAGAGAUGAACUCUGCAGAGGAAGACAAUGAUGGACCAUCCUCUCAAGAUGCAUCUGAAGUAUUGAGGAUUCAUCCACCCAAUCUGAUCUUCCAAAGUGAAGCGUUGAAUGUGAAAUAUGACCAGCUUGUACAGGCGCCCUCUAGGAUCUGGUGUGAGUUAGUGAGGUGUCAUUCGGUCAUGGUAGUAUGGGAUAAAGGGAAGAAACCUCGUAAACAUUAUAAAGCAGCUGAGGAGUACAUUGUAACGUGGUGGGAGCUUUCAAAGAAAACAGGAGAACCACCGCAGAGAAAACUAACAUCAGAUGAUCAUUUGCUGAUUGAUGGAUUGGAUCUUGGUACCAAGUAUUGCAUCACGGUUCAAGCUCAAGGAAAGCAUAAGCAACAUCACACAUCAGAUGGAAAAAUUACAGGUGAAGUGUCUCCGUCCAACAUUGUACCAGUACUGAGUCAAACUGAGUCAACAACGGUCGUUACGGCCAGCCCACCUCAGCCACCAAGUCAUCUAGAUGUAACCUCAGUAGGAGCAACUACUGUCCAACUCAAAUGGAAGGCACCAGUUGAAAGGGGUGCGGAAGUUAUAGGUCUACGUGUUUAUGUCACAAUGCUCUCGGAUGACUCUGUCAAGACCACACACCAUACUGACCUUCUCCCAGAUGUGACCUCAACAAUAAUCAAACAUCUCGUAGAAUCCACGACGUACACCAUCCACCUAGUCACCAUCACGGAUGAGUACUUUGAGGAAGGGUCCGUGUCUAUGGUCAGUCCGAGAUCCAAACUAAGGAGUCUCCCAGACGAUUGGAACGAUGUACCUGUGGACUGUUCAUGGCUGCCUUGCGUCAGCGUUGAGAUGACAACGGCAGGUUUGGCGCCCCCUAGUGGUUUAAGUUGCAUAUUCGGUCGCGAUGAUGCGGUGACAUUAUUGUGGAGGGCACCUAUGAUACAAGUGGGUGUCUUAAAGCGUUAUGAGGUACGGUGGUUGGAGGUUAGGAACACUGGAGCUGUGGUCGAAAGAAGUGACCCUCAUGAAACGAUAGAAGUUGUCAAUGAAAUGACGUCGUGCGAGAUCCCGGGAUUAGUAAAGGGAAAGAUGUACUCCUUUAUGGUGGUGGCAGUCGUCUCGGAGACGGAGAAACGGGGACAGAUGUCGAAGAAACGAGAUAAGAAGAGACAUCAUCACAGCAAGGAGGCCCUCUUGAGGCUUGAAUCGGAGAUGUUUGUGGCCAGAGUACCUGCGCCGUGCGUGGCGCCAGAUGUGAUGGUUACCAGCUAUGGUUCAUCGUGGGUCGAUGUGUAUUGGGAGAAACCGUCGUUGGUGACCUCCUCCAGGAACUCAGAUGAUCCCGUCUGCUCAACGUGUCUCAGACGUACCCUCCUCGCAUACAAACUUGAGGUCAACGGAGCAGUUUACGCAACUCUGAAGCCCAACACCCAGCAGUAUACGAUCCAAUGCACAUCGACUCAGUCUUACGAGAUUGUCUUGAUUGCUAUAACGACGACAGAUAAAGGAUUAGCAAAGAAAGCUAACGCUAAGCCUCAUCAUAUGAGAUUAGACUCUGCCGAGUAUGAAGGGAUGUACGACAAGUCGGCGUCUAAGACUGUCGUCGUUACUCUACCUAGAGAUCAAUCAGGUAAUAUUGUGCAGCUGGGUGCGAAGUUUCAUCCCUCCAUAGAAAGACAGAAUGAAGAGUCGGAGGAAAACAGUGAUCUUCAGGGGGACAUUCAUUUAAAAUGGGCUCUGCAGGAUUGUGGGACAGCCGAGGAGCAAGGCAUUGUGGGAUAUGAUGCUACGUGGCUCAACGACGCCGAUGACGAAGAGCGAGUGGCUACAUUGCCUCAAACUGCACUCAGUUACGAUAUACCAGUUUAUCAUAACAGAUGUAUUUAUAAGAUGACUAUUCAAGCCAACCAGAAUGAUGACAUGUGGCAGGACGUACCAAGCCCCAGCAUUCAGUGUGUCAUACCAGGACCACCGGACCCUCCCAAUCUCUGCUGCACAUCGGUCAUGCAGGAAGAAUUCAUUCUGGAAUGGGGAGAACCAAGACUGUAUGGAGGGGUGACAAUCAGGGGAUAUCAGGUUUACAUGAAUGAUAAGAAAGUUGGUCAGGAGUUGAGUGCAUCUCACUACAAAGCUGCAAUCCCUUGCCGUCCUAACAGAACAUACCACAUGAGUAUCGUAGCCUUGAGCGCAGACCCAAACUACCGGGACUCGGACCUCUCAGAUGAAGUGGUAAUAACCUGUUGGUCCCCAGAGACACAACCUAUUGCCCAGGUAGCUGCUACCAGUAAGAGAGGCCAAGGUGAUGGGUGCAGUCACGGCUCACUGUGUCCAGAGGAUAUCUCUGUUGGUGUAUUGGAGCUGUCUGAGACGUUGGUUGUACUGGAGUGGAGGCUACCACUCAUUGGAUUGGAGAGUCAACAGCUUGUGGAUCGGAUCAAAGUUUUGUGGAGUAGUGUUGCUAGACCAAAGGAGCUUGAAGCUGUUUUGAAACCCACCGCUACACAAUACUCAAUCAAGGGCUGUAUUGCUGGCACUAAUCAUUUUGUGAGUGUGGUAGCGUUAGAUGAAGGAGAUCGAGUCAUACACCGAUCGAGACAGCUCACCGUACAGACUUCUGCGCCUCUAGCUACUCCCAAUCUCACGAUCAGGUCCUGUACAUACAGUGGCUGUAUACUAGAAUGGGAGAAGCCAAUGCAGUUUGGGAAUGCACACUUGAUCGGUUACCAGUUGAGACUUAAUGGUAAAGAUCAUGACAAACUACCAGCUGGUACGAGUACAUAUCUUUUCACGGCAGGCAAGAUGUGUAAAGAGUACACAUUCACGCUAAAGGCUUUGUGUUACAUCCCGCAUCUACACAGUAAGGACUCUGACCCAGCGAUUGUGACCUGGCCAGGAGUCGUACCUCCUGCCUUACACCGAGCAGCUACAACGAAACUCAACGCCAUUAGGGUCAGCUGGCCAGAGCCUAAGGUCACAGGAGGAGCUAAAGUUCAACAAUAUAAGGUGAUGUGUGUGGAAGAGUCUGGUACCGGUCAGAAAGCCCGUCCACCAGACAGACGCCAACCCCUAAAAACACUAGGACCUCUGUCCCCAGACCAGCGCUCCGCUGAGUUCCCGAACCUCUCCCACCACGCCGCCCACACCAUUCUACUGGAUACGUAUGUCAGCGGGAUUGGCAAGGCGAUACGAUCCCGACCAAUGAACAAGCAGUACGUCGCGAGGAAACCAGCGCCCCCUAAUGUUAGGGUGGGGGUUAGAGGGCUGGAAGAGAGGAGAGCAUUAGAGAUGGAGGCGUGCCAACUGAUUAAUAUGAGACACAGAGUGCUGCAGGAGCUGUUCGGUUACCAGCAGGAAAGUAGCUCAAGCCAGCCUCCUGGUGAUAUAGAACAUUCAGACCAUGCUGCAGAAAUCUCUGAUGCUUUAUCAGCUUUAGCCGAGAUGGAAGAGCAGUUAUUCCAAGUACUAGAGACACUUCUCCCUUAUACAGGCACAGUAUCAGUGGAUCUAGAGUGGGAUCUCAUCCCAGACAAGAAAGAUGUCAAUCUAUCAGGAUUCAAAGUAUUAGUCAACGGUAAACAACAUGGCUUCCUGCUGCACUCUAACAUAGACCGGAUAUGUCUCCAGUUGAGUGCCUACGAUGGGUUACAUAAGAUCUGUCUCAUAGCCGUCACUGACCAUCCAGUCGGUAAUAGUGACCCAUCAGAAGUGACUGUCAUCAACACUAGUCCAUUCCUACCCUUCUCUUGUUAUUGUCUGCACACCACACAUAGGAAGGACAGCAGACAUCCACAAGCUGGUUGUUGUAACUUCCAGCAGACCCUAGCUAUCGAAGCUUCACCCGAUGCCACAUCUAUCCUAAUGAGUCUCCAUCAGCCCUUAGUAAGUAGUCGACAUGUCCCUCCGGCCUCUGUGUCUGUCAUGGAUGUAUUUGAUAAAGCUCAACAUCUACUCAUCCCAACCAAACUCACUAACCGCUGCCCAACGAUGCUACUCUUCUGGACAAGAUGGUGCCUUGCUUCAAUGAAAGCGAUGGAUCACUUUGUUGACUAUGCUAAGAACCGUGCUGGAAAGGUGAUCUGCGUUUCAUGUUGCUGUAACAGCACGGAGCCUUCCAUUGAGUCCCAUAUACAGAGUCUGUCCAGGCAGAUUAUGCAGCGUGGAUGGAGAGAUGAUGGUGUGAUCAGGCAUAGCUGUAGUUGUUACAGCAACGAUGGUGGCAUGAUGCCUGGAAGUACACUAGGAUUAGCAGAAACCCAACAAGGUCAAUGUACCGAAGAGUCCAAUGCUGAUCAGACGCAGAUAUCUUCAAGUUCCUCUGCCGUCAGUGUUCCUGAGCUGUUUGGUGUUCGUGCGACACCCAUGAUCAUUAUUCUACAUCCAGAAGGUUAUCUAGCCUGGCAGGGAUGCUAUGCUGCCUAUGAUAACGCAACCUUCACCUCCUUAAUGGAUGACACUCUAGAGGCUGUCAUUAAGACCUCCAGGAUUUCGUCAUCGUCAAACUCACCCAAGCUUCUCUCUAGAGCUACAUCAGCUUCAUCCUGUACCAUCAGCUCUUUACCCCAACGUCAAUUAAGUCCACGUAAUUUCUCCGACGUCUCCUCAUCACGUCCUCCAUCCUCUUCAACCUCAUCCUCAUCCCAGCCCAACGGAUCGAUCCCGAGGGCUAAGACGGCCCGAAGACGUACAUUAAAGAAGAGGAUCAGUGUUGAAGAUAGACCAUAUUCAGGUGGUAGUAAGGGAAGUGGAUCCGCUGCGACAAAUGGUCGGACAAAAUCAUCCGGUAAAAGUUAGAUGUUUUGGUUUUGAAAUUUGAUUUUGAAUUUGAUUAUUUGCUAACAAUUCCAAGUAAGUGGAGUGUAGUGUUGUCUUUUAUUUUGAAGGGAACACUUUUUAACAUUUUUGUUCAACUAAGUUUCGGAUGCUGCAGGAAGAAAUUGCUCCUAUUUCCAAGUUUGUCUUGUAUUUUGAGGGUAAAACUUUCAAAAUAUUUUGCCAAACUAUUUGAGAUUUUGUGAAGAAUUAUAAAUUAAGUUUAUUGGUGACAUUUCUAAUUUCUUAUUUAAACUUUCUUGAAGUUGUGUUUAUUAGGAUAUAUGGGUUGUCUAUAGAUUAUCUGUACCUAUAUAUUGUACUCUUAUAUAGUAUUUAAUUUUCAAGUUAUACUUUUCAGUUUUUGCCAAACUACUUUGUUGAUUGUUUUGGGUUCAUACAUCUAUUUACAUCCACAGUCCCCUUUAAAGCCAUUAUACACUUUCGGAACAGAAUUAAAAAGUUCACAGAUUUACAAUUAACUUACAGGGUUUAC